UUUUUUCGGGCUUACCAUGUCUGGAGAUAUGCAUGCGACUCCCCAAUCUGGCCGCAGACCCCGGCUGGGACUGGGAAGACGAAACUGUCAUUCAACUCCUCUCACGCGGCUCCAGGGAGAGGAAUCAUCAGUAAAGACACCCAAAGGUGAAGGCCUGGAUACCCCGCGAACAUUUCCGCUGUCCUUGAGCGCCCGCAGGAUAGGUUUGUCCAAAAACAGAACGGAAUUAACCAAGAAGAAGUUGGAGUUUGCUGUCGCCCAGGAAAUCAAGGAGAAUGAGCCUUCGAGUAGUCAAGAAAAGGCGAAGAAAGCGAAGGAGCCCAAGAAAAGGCAGCGCAGCGAAGAAUGCAAUAAGCCAGAGGACGAAAAAGGCAAGCAGGAACGGGCGCCAUCCAAGAAUCUGGACCAGGAACUGCCCUGCAAGCCACAGGAACAGGACUCUUCAAAGAACAGGGACCCGACUCCGCCGAAGAGCAGCAAAAUACUGGAACUACAGGGCGACAUUGAAACCUGGCGCAAGGGAUUCAUCGCAUCCAUGGACGAUUUACAAGCCAUGGCAGAGCCUGGUCUAACGAAAAGGGAACUCCUCACCCAACUGGGCAUUCCCCUCGAGAUGCUGCGCUACCUGGAGGAGGAUUAAAAUAAGCAUAGACUAUAAAAUGUAAAAUAAAGAAACUGUAUUCACUUCAUACCGAGGCGGAAAAUAGAAAACAAACUUAAACACAAA